AUGACUGACAGGCCCGCGCCGCCGUCAACACGGGCAUUACUUCCGAGUCAGACCGCUGGUGUCACCGCGCAAGGGACCAGCACGGUCAAGGAUGAGCCCUUGGUUGAAGUUCCCGUUGUAGAGCAGGCAGAGGAAGAGCCCUACACCAUCAAGUGUAUAUGCAACUUUUCUGACGAUGACGGAAACACAAUCUACUGUGAGACGUGCGACACGUGGCAGCAUAUUGACUGCUUUUAUCCCGACAACCGAGAGGAGGCGAUCCGUGAAGACUUUUCCCACUCUUGCGCCGAGUGCAAACCUCGACCGCUAGACCGGCAAAAGGCCAUCGAACGAACGCUUCGGCUCCGGAACACCAAGGCUAUUUUGGCCAUUCAGCCAGAACUUCUGGAUAAGAAGCCGAAACGACCACCUUCCAAGAGCACAAGGAAGAAGCCUAAGCCCAACGAUUUGCAAAUACAUGGUCACGUCGAAAACGGCAGAUCUGGCAGUCCUACCCUACCCUCGUCCAAGAAGCCGAAAUCCUCUCACCGCCCCUCAUACUCGGUCGGUUCUCAGCCGUCCAAACCAAGCCCUUCUUACGGCAACAGCUCCCGCCCAGCUCCCCUCCACCCUCCUAGUCCCGCCACCACCCCUCCUGAUCUGCCCGACGAUUUCCAGAUUCAUCACUACUCUGCUGGAUUUUGCUCACUCUAUAGUGAACAAGACGUGCCAGAUACGCACAACAACGCAUUCGCAAGCUUGGCCAUCCCGACGGCUCUGUCUCGAUGGCUUCGAGAGCCAGACACGAUGAAACAAGAGGUUGGCAGGACAAGAGCCGAAGUAUUCCAAGAAGAGUCGCCCUCGCCCGAUGGAGACGGGAAGAGACCCAAGCUCGAAGUCAAGGAUACUACACGGUCGCCUGAACCGGGCACCACGCUUCGGUGGCGUUUCGUCAGGUCGACGACUCCAGUCGAGAAGGACGUUCCCCUCAUCGAACUGAACGGGGAGAUUGGUUUCCAAAAAGACUACUGUGCGGACCCGGAGAAUCUCUGGGCUGACCUCUCGUCUCCCUUGCCAUUCGUCUUCUUUCACCCUGUUCUGCCACUAUACAUCGACACCAGAAAAGAAGGUUCCUUGGCGAGGUUUGUCCGGAGAAGCUGCAAGCCAAACGCUCAGCUGGACACGUAUCUGUCUGGCGGCUCGGAAUAUCACUUCUGGCUCGUGAGCGACAGAUUUAUCCCCCCCAACGAGCAAAUAACCCUGCCGUGGGACUUUCGACUAGAGAAGAGCGUCCGCGACAGGUGGCUGCAUCUCUUGGGUCUGAGCGAUGAAGACUGCUCGACAAUGCAAGAAGAACUGGAACUGGAUCCGGCCGAAUACACUGCCAUUUCCAACUGGAUAGAUCGAAUACUCUCAGAGUACGGUGGGUGUGCUUGCGAUCUUGAUAACAACUGCGCGUUUGCUCGAUUCCAUCGUCAGUAUCUGUUUGGUAAGAAUCAAGGUGGCGGAGGCAGGAAGAAGUCACGCAAGGCCCGCAACCACACCAUCUCUCCGACAAGCACAGGUCAUGCAACCAACAGCAGAGCUGCUAGCGAAGGCCAUGCUGAUGACGGCCCAGACGAUGCCAAGCCCGACGCAGACUCCCGAAGCAAGCCGCCAAGCCGCGACCGCACCCCGCUUCAAGGGGCCUUUGACCAACUGGGCAUAUUGACAGAACCAACGGACCGGGACAAGCGAAAGGUGGCCAUGGUGGAGGAUUCAUUUCGCCGAAUGGAACAGCAGCCUCCUCCGAGAAAGAAGAAGCGUGUAUCCGACGGUGCCACAGCCCCUGCCUCCAAGUCGAAGUCGAAGAAUGGCACGCAUGGAGCAGCAACCAGCCAAUACGUCGACGCUGGUACGUCUCGCAGCAAGUCGGGCUCGCCGUCGAGCACGCGGUCACCGAGCAUCGGCUUCUCCAGAGUCAACGGUAAGCAAUCGUCAGCGCCUGUAUCAAGACAGGCCUCUGCGGGGCCACGGCCGCUGUACUGCGACGCUGCCGUUCAGACCGACCCAGUUGAUGAUGGUCAGUGGUUCAGUGAAUCAUGCACGCCGCCUCCGGUCAAGAAACGAGUGAUAUCGCUGUCGAAACGACUGAUGAACAGCCGACAUCGAUGCCGCGUGGACGAGGACAAGAGGAUAUGCCUUGCCAAUCAGCAAUCCCACCUAUCCGCCAUGGAGCUAGAUUCUCCCACCAGCGAGCAAAAGAAACCUUCGGCUGCCAGCACGACUUGCGAGGCUUUGUCGCCGGCUUCUCAAUCUACCGAUGCGAGCACGUUGCAGGCAACCCCCCAACUUUCACCACUCCAUGACACAAAUCCUUCCGCAAAAACAAAGAUCAAGACGCCAGAUCUCCGAGUCCAACUACCCCCAGUGCCUGCGUUUGACAACACGGGGCUGAACGGCUCUGCAACAGCAAUACCUCCUUCAGCAUCGAGCGCGAGCGCUCUGUCCCCGCUGUUGAACCCAUUUAGCGCUGUUGCAUUGAAUGGUCAUGCGGUCAACCCAAGCCCAGUCAAGAAGAAGCUGAGUCUUAGCGACUACAAGAGCCGCCUCAACAAAGCGGCUGGUAAAGUGACUGGUGGCUCGGGCGUCUCGAAGCCAGGCGUAGCUAGCCCGGAGGAUGUCAAGACGGACAUGACCAUGGAUCCACAGCCUCUUGACAAGCCGGACAAUCUGAUCCCUACAACGACUGGCCUCCCAUCGUUGAACGGGGCCUGA